UGCUUGUGGUGGGUUUUGUUAUUGUUUCUAGGGGUCGUGGGGCAACGGAGCCUGAGCAGCAGGACGUGGCUGUCAGCUCUUUGUAGUUAUUCGUUCUUGUAAUUGUGUAGCAGACAAAGACGCCCAGACUGACAAGUGAAGGCGGGUUUUAAGGUUCAAAGAAGUGCCUUUGUGUUUUGUUGUCAUGGAAACAGUCGGAAAGGUGGAGUUUAGAAAUGUGGGAUGCAGCUACUUCCCUCAAAGCAGAGUGGAUUGUCACUACACACUAAGCACACUACACAACUGGGCCAGUAGUGACUGGAUAGGACUCUUCAAGGCGGGAUGGUCAUCGGUGAAGGACUACCACACAUUUGUUUGGGCUCUAGUCCCAGCUGACUAUGAAGAGGGCACAGAGGUCAACUGCUGUGUUCAAUUCCAUGCAUCAUACCUUCCUAAGCCCUGUGCCCAAAAGUAUGAAUUUGUAUACAUCGACGCCAAAGGGGAAGUUUGCUCCCGCAGCUCUGAAUUCACAUUCUGCGCACCAAAGCCCCUGGAGGAUCUGGUGACCCUUGAGGAGGAGCCACACGGGGAGGAUGAAGGCACAGAUAUGCUGCUGGUUAUACCCAGGGCUGAACUGUUGCAGAGCCGAUUGCAGGAAUGUCUGCGGGAGCGAACUGAGCUGCUGCAGAUCCAGGAGGCGGCAUGCAGGCAAAGGGACGAAGUGAGGGCCGACUUCAACAGAGCGCGGGAGGCCUGGCUGCGACUACGCAAAGAGCUGAAGAACGACAUCAGCAGGCAUCAGGAAGAGCUGAAAAGAAGCCAGGACAACAUUGAGGAGAUGGAGAGGAAGCAGAAGGAGGAAAUGGCUUUGGUAGAAUGGCUGACACAAGAGAAUAGUGCUUUAUUGGAAGUGAAAGAGGCCAACCAAGUGCGAAUUAGAGAGCUGGAGGAGGACAUCAAAACUCUGACACAGAGAGCCGUGGAGCGAGAGAUAGAGCUGGAAAGAAUGAAGGAAAGAGCAAAAAAAGCCGCAGCUUUGCAGAAAGAAGAAGAGAGUGACAAAAAGACACUGCAGACAUUUCUGGAACAGAACGAGGGAGACCUCCGAAGUUUGUCCAAGGAGUUCCAGAGCCUGAGGAACUCGCUGGCCCAGAGAGACACCUGUGUGCUGCAGCUCCAAAACACCAUCAGCACCCUUACGCAGAAACUCACCGCAGCCCACAGGAAAGAGGCGUUAAACGAAGCAAUGCUGAGGGAGAUGAGGAGCCUGCAGGAGCGCCUGGAUGUGAGUGAGCGGAAUGUGGACGGCCUGAAGAAUGAUUUAAGCACCAUGGUCGCCCAAAGAGAUCGUGGGCAGGCCGAACUACAUCAAGCCCGACUUCAGGCCGCCCAGUUUACCUUGCAACUUGCAGAUUCCAGUUUGGCGCUAAGAGAGGGGAGAGCACAGUGGGCUCAGGAGAGGCAAAGCCUGCAGGGCACCACAAAGAAGAACCAAGAGAAUUUGGAAAAACUCAGUGCAGAGAUGCAGACAAUGGAGGAGAGGCUGCAGGAGGAGAAGAUGGAUCGAGUGAAGCUGGAAGUAGAGCUUGGAAGAGAAAAGGAUUGUAACCGGGUCCAGCUAAGUGAAACCCGCAGGGAGCUCCAAGAGCUAAAGACCACCUUGAGGGUUGCCCAAAAGGAGAAGGAGUACCUGCUUUCCGAGAAAAAAGAGUUGAUGGACUACAUCUGUCAGUUGGAGCAGAAAAUGGGAACAGCAGCCAGUGCCAAGUGGAGCGCUUCCUCCGCCGUUCCCACAGCAUGUAGUGAUGGCGCCUAUUCAGACAUGUCAGACGUGUCCGAGGAUGACGACCCAGAAGCCUUGCAGUCCCACCGACCGACGAGACCUCUGGGAAACUACAGUCUGUGCGAGCAAGGACCGCCAAGCCUCCUGCUUCUCACUACUCCUCCGCCAUCGCCCCUGGAGAUGGAAAGGAGCACGGUGGUUAUCAGCCAGCCGGCCCCUCUCGCCUUGCCACGGCAGCCUGGAGCCGACACACUGGCACACAGCUCUGAUUCAGAGGAAGAACCUGACUUACUUCAGGGUGGUAGAAGGCACGGCUCUGGAGAGGAAAUGGCACUUUUGCUUCCUGAUCACGCAGACACAGUGCUAAGUGAUCUGGCUGACACGUCGCUAUGGUAACCAGCAGAGUGGACGACUCACACGUGAGAUGAUGGGAUCAUUUUGGUUAGUGUGCUUCCACUACAUGUUAAUAUGCAACCUCCAUUGUUUUCUUUUCCCUCCUGGAGUGUCGCUCUGUUGAAAAAGUCAACUCCAUGUUUAUGAUGGACAUAAGAUGCCGGUCCACUCGGACAGAGCGAGCGUUUAGGCUGCGGUUCGCAAGCUAUAGCCGAAUGAUUCGUGUUGAAUCAUUGCUACGUCGAGAGCUUUACGGCGAAUGUUAUGUCGUUUUUAUGACAUUUGUGAUUAGGAGUCAUGACAGGCACCGUAAUUAUGAUGUUUUGUGUGGGGCCGGGCCCCACUGAAAAUCAUGGCGAAGCUUCAUCGCAAGCAUUAAAUUCUCCCCAUCGCAGCUUUGAAUGCGAUUCACGACAACAUAAAGCAUUGAUACAGCAUCGUACGAGAAUUAUUAUUUCGCAGUAAGGCAGUGCUGUGACGUUAUAUUGCACCUCCAUUUACCCCCGGACUAAGAUUUCAAAUGCAGUUUCUUACACUUGAUGAGCAUGCAGUAAAAACGUAAAGAUGUAUUUUUUUUUGCAAUAGAACGCUUGUUGAGCAGAUUGAACCUGACAGAAACUUUAUGUAUUCAUAUUAUUAUUCCUAACUUAGUUUUUUAGACCAGCUGGAUUUUGAAUUGGAACAUUUAUUUGGGAGAUUUUAAUACAUUUCUCCCCGAAUCUUAAUUCACAUUCACGCCGCUCAAAAUGUGUGCCUGAAUAAUUAAAGAGUCGUCUUAUGAAAGAAAAUCAUCUUUAUAGAUGCUGACAUUCAUGGCAUGCUGUCAGUGUGCUGCUCCCUGAGGCUUGAGGCAAGAUACUGCCUGAUUUAAAAAAAAAAAAAAAAAUUGGCCUACCUAUCUUUUCAUGAAUACUGAAUGGAUUUGUACAUUUUCUAUUUCUAAUUAACUCCAAUUAAGGCAACAUUUCAGCUAAAUUCAGGUCAACUUAAAUUACGUUGACAUGAUUAGCUGAGAAACCUUACUGCAUAGGAGUUUGUUUGCUAAAUUUUCACCCUAUUUUUUACAAGAGAAGAGUUUUUAUAGUGUAAAACAUUGUUUGUUUAGAAUUCAGUCAAUUUUGUGGAAUUGAAUGUUGGUUAAUUGUAGCAUGAAGCAAUGGAGACAAAAUGGAGUGCACUACUUAGCUGUGACCAGCAGAGGCACUGGUGAUUAGUCCCAAUUAGAGCCAUCCUUAUAUAGCGAGCGUAUGGCCAAACUGGUUUCAGACCAUCUUUUAAAUGUUUGGUCAAAAGCAACAUGGCGCCAUGUUGAGGACCCACUUUGAGCUAGUGCUAUGCAUGCGCUGCACUUCCUCAUCGGACAUCUAUUUUAAGUGACGAGUGUUUUGAGGUGUAAACAUACCCAGUUGUGCAGCACGGGGCUGCUCCAACUGUUUCAAGCUUUCAUAGAAAGAUUCAUAUGUAAACAAAUUAAAAUGUUAAUAGAAAUGUAUUUAAUACCACAAAUCUUGUUCAUCUAUAUACAUUUUU